AUGGAAAAUGUAAUACGUGCAGAAGAAUACAAGAAAAAGAUGAAAUUCAAGAAAUUUCGCAAGAAGAAUUUAAACCAAAAGAAGCAAAACAAAAAAGAAGAAGAAUUUAACUUUGACAAAAUUGAAAGAACUGAAAUUGAACAAAUUAAAGAAAAUAUUACUAAUUUACAAAAACUAGCAAAUGAACAAGCUGAACACAUUCAAAUUUUGAAGCAAGCAAUUGAAAUCCACCAAUUAAUGUUUAACGAACUUCACCAAGAAAAUAUUAAUCUAAAACGAAACAAAUAUAAUUGUUCAAAGUAUGAAUAUGGGACUCUCAACGAAGACUAUCCUGAUGAAAGAUUUGACCCAAUCCUAAAAGACUAUAUCCGUCAAACUAAACAAAAUAUUUACGAACAAAGAAAAAGGUACAAACCAAGCGAUAAUGAAGAAUUAGAUUAA